AUGUCAGAGACUAUCGUAGUGGCUGUUACCUGGCUCACCAUGCGCGAGCAAUGUCGCAGCCGACACGGCUUUCGGGACUUCGGCAGGGUGCUGACUCUGUCGAACGUGUUCUACGACAACGGAAGGAUAUACUUUGUAUUAACAACCUUUAUGUACACGUUCCGGCUCGUCGUUGAGACGCUCACCCCAGGCAGCUUCGCUUACACAACCCCGCUGCAGUACCUCUUCCUGCUCGUUCCUAAUUUUGAGCCACUCAUCGGCCUCCUAGUCGAUCUCUUCCUCAUUCAGUUACAACAAGCUGCAACCUCGAGCGUCCGCUUCGACGGAGACGGACGUCCACUCGCGCUCGAAUCCUCGACCGCUGACCCCUCCGAGUCGGUCGGGCUCCUGCAGUUCGUCCGCGCGGACGUCGAUAGCUGGGCACAGUCCGAGCCCGACGAGGAAGGAGCGGGCACGGAGAAACCAGAGAGCGUCGCGCAGACUGUGACGGAUGCGAGCACAGACGAUUUUGCGGCGCUGGACCGCGCGUUAUGUACAAGGCCCGAGCUGCCCGUGGCCAACUAG